ACCACCAUGUUUGUUUGCGUUUUGUGUUGGUUCCUCAUGAGCUCGACUGUGAUGGAAAAUUUUUAAUUUUCUUGCAAAGUACGACUUGCCAUAUCUUAUAAUGGAAAGCUAUCAGUUACGUGAUUAUUGUGGAAAAUACUAAUCGAGUUUCAAAGUGAUUAAAUGAUACCGGAGUAGUGGAAAUACCACAUUAAGAUUAGCUGUAGUGUGCAGUGAAUUUGAAAGAGGGUGAAGUCAGUAGCUGCCAAGAGAGUGUUGGAUGUUGUCUACUGAUGGUAUUGUAUUGUGGUAGCCAAACCACAAUACUGUACGUAUUUAAUUGUUAGGACUGUACCAUCUACCAGAGAGUGAAAUUCAAGUUAUACAGUAUGUAUGCUAGUUUCUUGCAAAUACUAUAUGUAUCAUGUGUAUUUAGAAAUCGUCCUUAGGUUUGCACUCAUAUUUUAGUGUACAGUGCAUUGCUACAUUAGGGAAAUAAUUUUAUUAAAGUUGUGCCUGUACUGUAUACUGUAUUAUAAUGUUGACCAAUUUUUUAAGGGCCCUUGAAGAUGGAAUUUGUCAAUAGAAUAUAAGGAUGAGGUGAUGUCUUUCACUGAUGUUAGUUUUAUGAUGAAUGAUUUAAGUGUCUGAACUUUAAAAAAAUCCUUAUAUAUUAUUAUAUGGAAAAGUAGUGAAUAAGAUUAUUUUCAAAGAUUAAGAAAUAAUGGAAACAGAGAAGCAGUCAAGAAGUGCUUAGGUAAGGAAGAGGGAAGCAUAAGAAAUAUUUGUGCAACUUCCUUUUCUCAAUUUUAAAAUGAGUAAGACCAAAGAAAACAAGAUGGACUCGAGGUCCUUGGAGAAGCGUCUCUCGGCAGUGAGAGAGACAUCAGAGGACAUCCAGACAUUGUCUCGGUGGUGUCUUCAACACAAGAACCAUCAUCAUUCUAUAAUCCAGGCGUGGUCUCGCUCGGUUCGCAAAUCAAAGGUACCUCACCGACUGACCUUAUUUUAUGUGUGCAAUGACAUCGUACAAAACAGCCGACGCAAAAAAUUACUAGAUCUUGUGCAGCACUUUGCCACAGCUAUCAAGGAAGCAGCACCUCUAGUCAGGGAUGAAAAGAUUCGUCCAAAGAUUAUAAGGAUCUUCAACAUCUGGGAGGAGCGAGGGAUCUAUGAUGCCAAGUUCAUCUCAGACUUGACCGAAAUAGUGGAAAAUGUGGGAACAGUUAAUGCCUCAGAGAAUGAAAUUGUUCUCUCUAGUUUCCAGCCUGUGCAGUUAGUAGAAGGAAUAAGGGGAGUUGCUGCCCUAGAGAAGACAACAGAAUCUCUUAUGACAGACCUCAAGAACCAAGAUUUUUCCCUGACAGAUGAGGAAAUCAAUCAACUCCGACAAACUGUGAAAGACUGCCCAGCGAGAAGCAUUUUCCUCCGGUCGUCACCCACCACAGAGCGAGGAACAAGUCGAGAGCGCAUGGAGGAGUUUGAAGAAGCUGUAAUUGCCCUUGAAUGUUAUAUGGCUUCAGUGCAAAAGGAAGUAGAGGAGAGGACGCAGGUAGUAACUCUACUUGAACAGGCCGAGAUAUUCUACGAGACUCAGCGUGGGGAGGCUAAAAUGGUGGCCAAUGCAUAUAAAAACUUUGGGAAUAGGGUAAAGACUCUAAAGACCAAAUUAACAGAAAAAAUGAAGACUCUCCCAGAACCCAGUCCAGUGCCCUCCCCAACUGUAGAUGCUCCCUCACCAGAGAACAGUGAUGAUGAAGACUUGUCCCUGCCUGAAUCUGGCAACUCAGGGUUUGAUUCAUUUUUGAAUUCAUCAAAAUUUGCUGAACUUGCUAAGGAUGCUUUAGGCGGAACAAGUGGAGACCUGGAGAGUCGCUUAUCAGCUAUCAGGAAAAGUGAAGCAUCCCCCAAAAAAUCAUCUCCAAAAACAUCUGCUUCCCAAGAGAUUAAAGAUGUUCAGUCACCUAAACUGUCAACUAAUGAGUCAACUAUGGAUAAUAUUCAAGUCUGGGAUGUUGAAGAUUCUCUAGAUGGGUAUGAAGCUCGUGAAGUCUGGGACUCGCGAAAUAACAGGGAGACCCGAGACACAAGGGAGUCGAGAAGUUCGAGGGAUCCCGAUGAAAGAAGGGAGUCUCAAGAGAUUCGAGACGUUCGAGAUUCGUGGGAUCGUGAUUCUGCCGACCGAAGGGACUAUGUAUCAUUAAGGGAACACAGGAAUUCUAGAAGCUCUAGGGACUCCCGAGAUUCCCGGGAUGGCGCCUCAGAGUGUCGUGAAGCCUACAGGGGCAGUAGCAGGGACCGUGCAACAUGUGAGCGUGACUACACCCACAAGUCUAGAGACCGGGAGUAUUCUCACACUCCUACUAGCUCUUAUGACUCCCCAGUUCAUCCUCCUAAGGAUUUGAAGCCCAUGAGUGCUGCCGAAUUGCUGGAUACUUUUGGCAAGGCUUACCUUAGCAAAUCCAGCGGAGGAAGUGGGAGUACAAGCAGCAGUGUUAAGUCACCUGUACCUUUACCUGUACCCGUACCUGUACCUGUGCCUGUACCUCCUCCAUAUGAACCUUCCAAACCUCCCAACACAUCCACUCCCAAUCACUCAAUACCUGAUCUUUCUCGUCCACCUCCUAGCCUCUCCAUACCCUUACCCCCCAGUAAUCCACCUACCACAGAUUCCCCUUCUCCAUAUACCCCAAUGCCUGUCAGUGCCCCCACAUCAUAUACUCCAAAAUCACUUUACACUCCUCAGCCAUAUCCACCACCACCUGAGUCAUCUCCCAAAUCAGCAUAUCCCCCUCCUCCAACACCUGGUGAACAGCCUCCUUAUCCACCUUAUGAAACCCAAACUGCAUGGGUGCCUCCUCCACCACCGCCCCCACCUCCUCCUGAAGUAUUAGAUGAUGGAACCGGUGGGUCGGGAAAUGAGUAUGAAAUACUUUCUAGGAGUUUUAGCCAAGGUUGGCCUGAUUAUGAACAAUAUAGUAACCCUGGGGAUGUAAAUGAUGAUGAUGAGUCAGAUGAUCGUAACUGGGGUGAGCCUCCUGGCAAUGAAGAACUAGAAGCACUGACUUCAGAUACCCCAUCCUCUCCCCCAACUUUUGAGAAAGGAUUCUCGGGGGUUUUACUUCCACCUCCCUUGCCCCCAGCUUUUUGUGCGCCAUCUCGAAGCAAUUUACGAGAAUUGGCAUCGGAAGGGGAGGACAGUGAUCACAGAACAAAUUUAGUGAGUAUUAAACCAAAAGGAAGAGACAGUGAUUACCGUUGUUAUGAUUACAGUUUUCUUUCAGAUCAUACAGCACAGUCAAAGGCAGUUCCAACACCUUCUAUUCACGCAUUAUUUGCAAGUGGUGAUGAUUUAGAUUUGCGAGUAAAAAAGCCUGGAGUAAAACAAAGUAAUGAUGAUUCAGGAUCUGACAUGGACAUCAGUGCUUCAGAAUCAGAUGACAUGGAUAUUAGUGAUGAGUCCGGGAAAGAAGGAAACAGUAAUAAUAAAAAAACAAGUGAAUCAAAGUCAACAAAGAAAAGUCAGUCCAAAGAAAAUAAAACAGAAGCUCUUAAAAAGGUAAAUAAUAACAAAGAGACUAAACCUGAAAAACCUGCCGGUAGUACGAGUACUGCAGUCACAAAGAGUGUAACUACUACUACUUCCACUUCAGCUAUCAGUGUAAUAGCAAGAGUUAGUAAAACUGCUGACACUACUUCCAUUACCACUAAACCCAACAAUAAAUCGGGUAUUGUUGAUGUAAGUGCCAUACUAUCUGUCAUUGGCAACACUGGAGCUCUAAAAUCUGAAGGAAAGAAAGCAGAAAAAAGAAAAUCAGUAGACAGUGAUGAAAGUGAGGGUUACACACCUCAACCUCUGAGGAUUCGUAAAGAGUCUGGAAAUGAUUCAAACGGGGAUAUCAGCGACAAGGAUUAUAAAGCUUCAAGUGCAGGGAGGGGGUGGUAUAAAGAUUUCAAGAAAUCGGACAAAGAAAAGAGUCCGGUGGAAGAGUAUAUCCCAACAGUAAUUGCUAAGACCGGGGGAAGAGGAAACACAGGAAGGGAUUAUAGUAAUAAUCGUAGUUGCAGUGAAAAAAAUGUUAUAGAUGUUAUGAAAAGCCUAGAUGAAGAGUUUAAUCAGCAACGAGGCAAGGGUAAUUCCAAGGGUCAGAGCCAUAAUCGAGGUGGAGGAUACAGAGGCGGGUAUAGUCCACAGCAGGGCAAUGGAGGAUAUUACGGUAGUCCUCAGAACUACAGGGGAAGGGGUCGGGGAAGCCCCAACUUUUAUCCACCACACGGUAGAGGUAGAGGCAGCUUUGGACCUCCUUAUAGUGGCCGUUAUGGCGACUUUCAGCAUGGAACUCCUCCUUACAACCCAUCAGGAAGAGGUUUUCGCGGGUCAGAAUCAUACGGUGGAGGACGAGGGGGCAGGAGAGGUGGCAGAGGGGGAAGAGGUUGGUGGUAAAUAUCGAUACAAUAUUUUGGCAUAGUAGUGUUUUGAAUUUUUAAGAAAAAAUUUUAUGCCUACUGUUUUCACUAUCAGUAGCUAAACUGUACAAUCCAUGUUAAAGAUGUGUGAAAAUAUGUAAAAUUGUGUUAAUGGUAGAUGGUACAAAUAUUCCUACUCAUGUGAAGUGAAUGUUCCUUGAAUGUUCCAUUAAGGAAAAUCCUCUCCACCUUGUUAUUGCUUCCAAGGUUCUUUAUGGUGGCUAGAGACUGUAAUAUGUAAUACAUCAUAUUUCUUGAGAGGGGUUCUAUUUUUUAAUAGAAAGCAUUUAUUAAGAUCUGUAAUCAUUGGAUUUUAUCCAGAUUCAUAGGAAAUCUUGUUUGUACUUGGUACAUAAAUUAUUUUUGUCUGCCAAAACUUUUUAUUGUUUAUGGUGAUCUGAUGUUUGAAAACAUGAGUGUGCUUUUCAAAUUAAAUAUCUGAAUGUAUAUCAGACUAAAAUAUGCAAUAUUAAUUUCAUUAUAUGCAGAACUUGAAUGCUCACAGAUAUGUAAACUGUCCUUAAUAAUAGGCUUUUCUAGCCCUCUGCCAAGGGGUUUCUGUUUAUGCAGAAGCCUUUUUUAGGGGACCAGGACAGUUAAUUACCUCUAACUGACAGCUUAUGGUUGAUCAUCUCUCCUUGUUACAACAAUCACCAUUAAUAGUUUGGAUUGGAAGCAAAGGUUACCCUCUAGAGUUAGGAUGUCUAUCUGGCCAUUAAACACAUUGUACCAGCCAUGGCUGCCAUCAUAAUUUCAGAGAAACUUCGCUGUUUUGAAUUUUACCAGCUGAUGCUUAUCUUAGUAGGCGUAUCCCAAAGCUCUUCAUAAUAAUGUUGAGCUAAGUAUCGUAUUCCAACUUGGAUAUGCUUUGAGGGGUAAUUGUGAGGUUUACUACAGUUCUAAGUGUAAACAUUUAUGUAAAUCUGUCAUUUUGUCUUCUUGCUUCAGUUCUUUGGGUUUGUAUAUAUCCAACUGGCUCCUCCAAGUCCAGGUUAUUACACCAGCAAGUGAAAUGAUCUUAGCACGAGGGAGUGUGACUUCAAUUACAUUGCUCAAGUAGUACCUCAUGUUUAUUUUGUUUUUUUUGUUGAUGACUGGUCAUCCUAUGUGGGUUACAGAAAACUGGCUUAUGGUUUCUGGAACAUCAUAAUAAGGGUUUUGAUGACUUACUUGUGACUACAUGGGUAUAUAAGAAGUCAACAUGUAAUAUUCUCUGUAGCUUUAGUCCAAGGAGUUUUAUGUGCUUACAUGAUUCUCAUGAUUAGAUUAAACAUAAUCCCUUCAGAGGAUCUGCUAUCUGGCCUGGAUAGAUUGAGUUCACCGAGUUCAAUUUCAAGAGUGACUUCAAAGUCCCUUAUAAUUUCCACUACCUGAGUUACUAUUUCACUUCAAUGUGCUGGUGACUUCAGACCAUCUUUGCACCCAGAACAGUAAUGAGGGUUUAGGCUUUCUAAGUUGUAUUCAUUAAAUAUAAAUAGGGGAAGGUCACUUAACAUUAUGAUUUGAUAUUAUAGGGGUACCAUAUAGCAGCUGUGUAAACAGUAUUGCACAUGUGAAUUUUCAUGUUGUGAUUGAUAGUUUCACACUUCAUUGCAUCUGAGCUGUGUUACUUAGUGCAGGUUAGGUUUUUGCUUAAAUGUCUUGUUUUCUUAGCAUAGAAUAUAAUUGGGCAGAAGCAUGUCUGGCACUCCUCUCCCCUUGGAUUGUUUCCUCUGCUUGAGGGAAAAUGUUGCAGGAGCUGUAUGUUAGGGACCUCUCCUCUCUAGGAUUUUUCUGAACCCCUGCAGUGGCAUUAUUCCCAAUGUAUUUCAGGGACUUGAAGGAUUCCAAUUAAGAAUUCAGUCAAGUUUAUUUGAUUGGAGUCUUUUAUGUGCAAAUUCAGGAAUUCUGGCAGGGCACUGUACCUUCUUCCUAUGUUCAGUUGGGAAUGUGGAGAGUAGCAAAUUUACUGGAUGGUAGAGUUUCUUCUCCAUGAGAUCAUGUGGUUUUAUGAUAGAUACCAUAGGAAUCACAUCCUGAUGCAUCCUGACUCUGUGAUGCUGUCUAUGACAGCAUUGGAGUUCUUUUUUUACCAUAUAGAGGGAAUAGGUUAAGAACAACUUCCAAUUAUACUGUAUGUCCAAACUGCUUUUCAGGAGGAUUUUUUAAUAGGAAAUAUAUUUUCCUGUUCUUGGACAAAAUGGAAGCAGGUUUAUAUGUUUCUUCUGUUCUCCUGCAUGCUAAAAUUUGAUUUCCCUUUAUAUUAAGGCUUUGAAAUUAUAUUGUUCAGUGACCAUCUCUAACUUAUAGUCAGUAAAUAUAUUGAGUCACGAUUACAUUUUUGUGCCAUGGAUUUCACAUAUCCAUGUCUUUAAUAGUCUUGGCCUGCCCUGAAUGUGCACAUUAAAUAAAUAUUUCAUUUUCCUUUGGGCUCUGGAUACCUUCCCAUUAUGUUUUCCUUGAGAUUAGAGGGUACUGUCAAAUAAUUUUGUGGUACAAAUGAGCUUGGGUUGCAGCUCCUGUCCUUGUCACAGUUGGGAACUCGUCUGUGAAGUGCUUGUCUGCUGCUCUUUGGGGAAUUGAUAGUACAGUACCACCACCUCCCCAAUUUUUUACUGGCUGUGAUUACAGGAACUGCCUAGUGGGCAUCACGCUAGAAUUGGAAGAUUGAUUCUGAAAUCUGGUUUUCUAGUUGAGCCUGCAGCCAGGUAGGUAGGACAACCUCCCUCCAGUUUGUCAAUAGCCAGCUGAAAAUAUCCAAAACAGCAGAUUUACUCUGGCUGGUGUGAUUAGUGUACUGGCCCAGUAUACACGGCCACCUUUCAGACUUCUUGCCUCUAAAGGUUAAUCUUUGUUUCCAGUUUACCUAUUCAGGUGAGAUAUUUAUGACGGAUGGCCAAUUAUAAGAUUAACCCCAGGUACCAGUUAGGAGGGUUUACUGUCAAAUAUCCCCAAAUAGUUGUAUUGUGCAUUAACAGGAGCUGCUUUGCUACUGGCUUAGCUAGAGGUUAAGAUUUCAGAAUCAAUCCUCCAGUUUGUUUUGAUUUUUAGAAAGGUAACAAGUGUUAUUUUAAUUUCAUCAAACUUUACUCCUUUUGAUUUCUCUCCAUGUCUGAGCAAAUUGAUACACGGUCACAUAGAGUAAUGUUUGCAAGAGUGAUCCAAAUUUCAGUGAUAUCAUGUCAUCAGCUUGUUUAAAUUCUCUAUUUGGCCAUCACCAGAAAUGUUUAAUACUGUAUCUUCAGAUUGGAUAUAUCCUUUAGUACUAUGGCUACAAACUGACCCAUAGCUAUAGGUAUAGGCACAAGCUUGUUCUCCAAUAUUCUUGAUUGUAAGUAACUACAGCUGUCAUCCCUAAUGAACCAUCAGUAUCCUGCCAUAAGAUUGGAAUUAAUUACUUGGAUGGCAUGAUCAUUGUAGCACCAAGAGAGUCAUUUUAUAUAUACAGUACAUUCAAUUCAUUGAAAUUGCUUAUAAAACAAAUUUAUUUAGGUUCCCCAAUUGUUUGAAUUCCUUUUAGUUGUUUAAUAUCAGGUUUGUUAGUAUCUGAACUUGUUGACCCAGUGCAGUUAAAUGAAGGGUAUGGAUAAAGUGAUGCUAUUUUCCUCGUAUGUGAUAUAUUUGAAUCUUUGUUCUUUAUUUCUUGAGUGAUGCUCCAAGCACCCUGACUGUUGAUAGGGUUUUAAAAAUAGGUCUGCAGCUAAGGGGACUUAUAUGUUAUUUCCUUUUGCAUGUGCAUCUAUUUGACUCAUUAAAACAGACAGGCAGUUUAAUUUGCAUUGUUUGAAUUUUUUAAAAAUAAUAUAUUUUAACUGCACUUGAGUUUGCAUUAAGCAGGUACUCAUAUGAAAAUAGAUUUUCUUUAGUGAAAGAGUGUCAUAAUGGCAAAAGGUUCACAGGCUUAACUUUUGAUGAUGGUAAUGUAAGGAUGUACUGUAUAUUAUACAAGAUUGAAAUUUUGCACUCUGAAUAUUUUGGUGUAAUCUACUCAUUUUAUUAUUUUAAUUCAUGUUAAAUUGUUUACACAUGAAUGCCUGAUAUGCACAAUGUACAUUGUAUGUAAACACUAUAUUAAGAUCUAAAAAAAAAAACAUUAAAAUUGUAAAAAAUAUUGGCUUCAAGAUUAAGCCCAGCUAUUACUGUAAGCAAUAGUGUUGGUGUGUAAGCCAAAGUGUAGCUUGUGGAAAUAUUUGGCCUCCUGGCUAAUAAAGCUAAAGGGUGAUACCUCUGUCUCGUCCCUCUUGUGUCAGAUAUUCACCUCUUGGUCUGUCUGUCUGUAACUUUAGUUAGGUUAGGAGAAAUAUGAAAAAAGGGAAAUUAUAAUUGCUCUAACCAACUGUAAUACCAAUCCAGACUGACAGAGAUAACUUUUUGACAACCCAUACUACUGGAGUUUAUGACUAAGUGACAAACCUGUAGUUGACUUUGACUAGAAUUAAUUGUGUACUGUAUAUAAGCACAUGAAUGAAGAAACAAAAGGUAGGAUGUAUAGCUCAUUCUUACAAGGUAGUGUUGGUUCACUAUUAGAAUUAUGAGGGGCUAGUCUCAUUAAUUUUUAUGGAACAAAGAUUUAAAAGCUUAGUUUUGUUAGUAUGUACUGUAUAGGGGGAUUAAAUGUGUGCAAUUAAUGGGAAGUCCU